AUGGGUUCACAAUCGAGGAACAAGACUGCACUUCAACACGUUCCCAUAGCUGCAAGCGCGAGCUCCAGCAACGACGAUGGUUCCGCUGCCACACAGUCUCGACCGCCAUCAGAGGAAAGCCUCCCUUCUGUGCAGCAGGAAACAAAUGUCUUGUCCAAGCAAUUAGGCGACCUGGGUUCUGCUCGUCGCAAGGAUCGUCAUCUAACGGACAAAACAGGGAUCUUAACCUCCGAGGAGCAUAAGCUAGGUGAUCUUAAUGUGGUCGCCGCGUACAAAGCACACUUUCGCGAAUCUCCUUUCGAGUUCCUUCAGCAAUUUGUUGCCUACGGUCAAGGCACCGGCUGGCGCGGCUACUCCAACUACAUUGGCGCUCCCAUCUUGUACACCGGAUGUUCAGAAGAGAGUAUCCGUUCUGUGCUCAAUAGCGAGCAGGUGCAAGAACGCAUUCGCAAGUUGGCUUCAAGUAGAGUGGAACAUAUAUUGCCAGAACAGCCGCCUGUCUCACCAGCCGGUCCAAACAAGACGCAAAAACAACUUGCCAUCUUCAAAGAACGCAAGAAGCGUCAGAUUGAACAGCAGCUUCGGGAGGAAGCGCUUGCCAUCUUGCAGGUCAGCGUAGCUCGCAUCGACUCGCUCUCCUUUAUCAAAUUUUUUGCAGCUACGGUCAACAAUAUUCUCGCAAGGAUGUAUCAUCAAGGUAUUCACAUUAGCGUGCCUCAGGUCCUCGAGCUUCGAAGGGUUGCUGCGUACGCCGCCGAACGCAAGCAAAGCAUCCUCUUUCUUCCCUGCCACAAGUCCCACAUCGACUAUCUUACCGUCUCCUGGCUCAUGUUCCGACUCGGAAUCGCACUGCCCCACAUCAUUGCCGGAGAAAACCUUGAUCUUCCCGUACUCGGCGACGUGCUUCGCAAAGGUGGUGCCUUCUUCAUUCGCCGUUCUUUCUCGGGCGAUCAGCUGUACCCUGCUGUCAUCAAGGAGUACGUUGAAACGCUUCUCGCCAGCGGCAAGAACCUCGAGUGCUUCAUCGAAGGCACUCGCUCGCGCACAGGAAAGCUGCUUCCACCCAAACUUGGUAUUCUCAAGUACGUAGUCGAAGGUCUGCUCGAUGGGCGCACCGAUGAUGUUUGGAUCUGUCCCGUCAGCCUGCAGUACGACUCGGUCAUCGAAUCUGAGACGUACGUUUCGGAGCUAUUGGGCAAGCCAAAAGAGGCAGAAUCGCUGCUUGGUCUGCUUUCAGGCAGCUCUUCGCUGCUCCAGCUCAAGAUGGGUCGCAUUGAUAUUCGCUUUGACACUCCCUGGUCACUGCAGGGUUUUAUCAACGAACAGAAGGAACGAAGGGCCGCGCCUGGCUACAAGAGCGAACGGGUGGAACUGGAUCCGACCAGCAACGAGAUGCACAAGGUGCUCUUGCUCAAGGCACUCGGCUACCGCGUGCUUGCCGACAUCAACAAGGUCUCGGUGGUGAUGCCAGCCGCGCUGAUCGGCACGGUGGUGCUCACGUUGCGUGGCCGAGGUGUAUCUCGUAGCGAACUCAUCCGUAGAGUCGAUUGGCUGCGUGCGUCUAUCAACAAGAAAGGCUUUAUUGUUGCUGAUUUUGGCACAAUGAAUACAGGCGAGGUGGUUGACCGUGCGCUUAACACUGUCAUGAAAGGUCUCAUCUCGGAGGAAAGAGAUGUCAUGGAACCCACCUUUGUGCCGCAGAAACGAUUUGAACUCAGCUUUUAUCGCAACCAGGUGAUCCACAUUUUUGUCUCGGAAUCUCUCGCAGCCGCGGCACUCUAUACCAAGGUCAAGCAAGGCGGUACUGCACCCAUGCAGAGGAUGACACGCAAGGAUCUGCUGAGCGAAUGCCUGUUCAUUUCGUCGGUGCUGCGCAACGAGUUCGUCUUUGGCAUUGACUCGCUCGAGGUCAACGUAGACCGCACCAUCGAUGGCAUGGUCGCCGACGGUGUUUUGGAGAAGCACCCAGACAUCAAAGCUGAAGAAGGCGGCUCCAUUGAGCUCAGCGCAAAAGAGCGUGAGAAUGGUCGCGAACAAUUCGAUUCGUUCCUCUUUCUCAUCUGGCCCUUCAUCGAGGGCUAUUGGCUCGCUGCUGUGUCGCUUUUCUCUCUUAUUCCGAAGGAGGCAGAGGCUAAGGGCUACCCCACUGAAAAGCUCCCCUGGUUCGCUGCCAAGGACUUUGAGAAGCACACACAGCUGCUAGGAAAGACGCUGUACGCCCAAGGCGAACUCUCGUACCUCGAAUCGAUCAAUGCUGCCACCUUGUCGCAAGCCUUUACACGCAUGGAAGAAAUGGGCAUGAUCUUGCGCAAGAAAUCGUCGCACCAGAAGCCUGUGCCCAUCAUGGCACUCCAUCCUAGCUUUUGGCCCUCACAAACGACCAAGCUCACUGACUACAUGGACCGUCUCUCGCAGUUCCGACGGGAGGGUAAGGACCGUCGAGAGCAAAGCAUUCGUCCCAAAGUGCGCCAGUACACGUCCACGUAUAUCCCGCCUGUCGUCGAGGAGUCGGCCAUCAAGCAGCGUCAAGCGCAACUCUGA